CGGGAGAAUAUUAGCAAAGUUGCAGCAGAACGGUGCCAUCGAUACAACUGGCCUGCCGAUUGCCUUGGUUGAGAAGCUGCCGGUGUAGGUUGGAGGUUUCGGGAGACGCGUUCACAAUAACAGACGGCAAUGGUUGGUCUCUUAGCGCCCGCAUCCGCUCUCCGGCAGGUCUGCUCCGGAUGCGCCCGCCGAGUCCGCCUGCCGGGCCCGGCUUUGGCUCGGACGCCGGGGAGGAUGCUGGCAGCCUCGUACUCGCAAGUCUCUACAGUGCCUCUCGCAUACGAGCUGCACGAGCCGGCCAAGCCCGUGGCUGAUAAGCAGACAUCGCCCAUCAUUUUCAUGCACGGUUUGUUUGGGUCCAAGAAGAACAACCGGACCAUGAGUAAAGUCUUGGCGCGCGACUUAGGGCGGCACGUUUAUACAUUGGAUCUCCGCAACCACGGUGACUCGCCGCACGACCCGAAGCAUGACUACACCGUCAUGGCCGCCGACGUGGCCGAGUUCAUCCGCAAGCACGGUCUGAAAGAGCCGACCCUCAUCGGCCACUCAAUGGGUGCCAAGACGGCCAUGGUUCUCGCCCUGAACCAGCCAGACCUCGUCGCCAACCUCGUCGCCGUGGACAACGCCCCCGUCGACGCCCGCCUCUCGUCCGAGUUCCCCCGCUACAUCCAGGGGAUGAGGAAGAUCGACGAGGCCAAGACGACGCGCCAGGCCGAGGCCGACGAGAUCCUCAAGCCCUACGCCCCCUCGCCGACGAUCCGCCAGUUCCUGCUCGGCAACCUGCACCGGCCCUCGCCCGGCGACAGGACGCAAAGGUUCCGCCUCCCGCUCUCCACCCUCGCCCGCGCCCUCGACCACCUCGGCGACUUCCCCUACAAGGACCCGGCCGAGGCCCGCUUCGUCAAGCCCGCCCUCUUCGUCCGCGGCACCCAGAGCAAGUACGUGCCCGACGACGUCAUCCCCCUCAUCGGCCAGUUCUUCCCCCUGUUCGAGCUCGUCGACGUCGACGCCGGCCACUGGGUCAUUUCGGAGAAGCCCGAGGCUUUCAGGGAGGCCGUGCUUCGGUUCUUGGAGCCCAAAGAGUAGGGUGGAACAGGGGAGGAUGAAGGGAAGGAAGGAGGGUUGGGAAGACCGCUUACCGUGAUAUCGUUGUGCGGUAGUACUCUGUGUAUGCAUUAUACCCCUAGACACAUGACGAAGCGU